AUGAAUGCAAAAGUAAUAUUUUGGAUAAAUGUUUUCAUAUUGUCGAAUGGAAUAACGAUUCUACAAAGUCUUAGGACUUGGAGUGACAAACAGUUAUUUCCAUCUUAUAAAAUCCCUGAAGAUGGUCUAAGUCCUCGACGUUCAGUGGUGAGAAGGAAAAUAGUGCUGUAUCAUAACUUUUUUCGUACUAAAGUUAGACCAACAGCGUCUAAUAUGUUGCUUAUGUCAUGGCAUCCUCUUGCUGCUCGCCAAGCACAAAACUACGCAGAACGCUGUGUCUUCUUGGAGCACAAUAACCCCGCUGAAAACACAGUUCCACAUUUAGGAUCGUGUGGCCAAAAUCUCUUUGUAGCAUCACAGAAAACUCCCUGGUUUUUUGCAAUAAAGACAUGGUUUUUGGAAUAUCAAAACUUUACUUACGGUGCACCGAUAAGAAAUUUGAAAGCAGUUGGGCAUUACACGCAGAUGGUCUGGGCUACAACUCAUAAAGUUGGCUGCGGUGUAGCUCACUGUCCCGGCGGUCCAUGGGGCCACUUUUAUAACUAUGUGUGUCACUACUGCCCUGGGGGCAAUAUUGAAACAAUAAUACAAUACCCAUAUAAGACCGGUAACCAAUGUGCUGACUGUCCCGGGAAUUGCGUAUCCAACGCACUGUGUACGAACUUCUGCCCAGUCAAAGACCAUUUCUCCAACUGUCGGGAACUUGCGGCGAGUGCUGAUGUCUGUUCACAGGGUAUCUGUAACGCGACUUGUACCUGUGGUGAUAAGAGGAUACACAGAAAUUAUCCAUGGUAG